CGCUGAGUCAGCUCAGGCGGACCGGAAGCAAAACAAACAGCGGGGCGCAGGCGCAGAAGCAGCCUGAACUCGCGCUGCGGAGGCAGCUUAUUAAAAAUAAAAAGUUUACUUGAUUUGUUUUAUGUUCUUUGCCGGAAACUGAAGUCCGAAAGCUGUUUCAGCGAACGGGACACGAGGCCGCGCGAGACACGAGGCCGCGCGAGACCUGCAGCACUCGCGGAAGUGCAGUGAGAAAGCUAUGAAGUUCAACCAGCUGCUGGUCCUGUUGGUGGGCGGGGCCUUCUUCCUGGCCAUGAUGUCACUGUACCGCAUGCUGGAGAUGACGCAGGGGGUGAAGCUUCCGCACUCGGAGACACCAGCUGGACCGGAGGACAACGAUUUGUCCCGCCUUAAGCAGCAGAUUGAUAAAUUGGAGCGUCUCCUUAGCGACAACAACCGCCUGGUCGCUACGCUGCGCGACUCACUGUUUUCCCGCCAAGCAUCACGGGUAAAAGGAGUUGCGGCCAAUGUUAGCUCAGGCUCCGCCCACAGCCAAGCUGUCGCUCUGCCUGGCUGCCGAUUGGCCGAAGAGAUGAAGGACGGAGCCGAUGGAGUCCAGCUGCUGGACGUUUACGACCUGCUGCCGUUCGACAACCCCGACGGCGGCGCCUGGAAACAAGGAUUUGAGAUCAGUUACAAAGGCGACGAGUGGGACGAGCAGCCGCUGGAGCUGAUCCUGGUUCCUCACUCGCACAACGACCCCGGCUGGUUGAAGACGUUUGAGAAUUACUAUCAGGACCAGACGAAGCACAUCCUCAACAACAUGCUGAUCAAACUGACUGAAGACAGCAGGAGGAAGAUGAUUUGGGCCGAAAUCAGUUAUUUCUCCAAAUGGUGGAACAACAUCGACGAGCAGAAGAGAGAGAUGGUCAAACGCCUGGUGAAGGCGGGGCAGCUGGAGCUGGUGACGGGCGGCUGGGUGAUGGCGGAUGAGGCGAACUCCCACUACUUCGCCCUGUUGGACCAGCUGAUCGAGGGACACCAGUGGAUCCAGCGUCACCUGGGUGUGAAGCCCAGCAGCGGUUGGGCGGUGGAUCCGUUCGGCCACUCCCCCUCCAUGGCCUACCUGCUGAAGGGGGCGGGGCUUAGCAACAUGGUCAUCCAACGAGCUCACUACGCCGUCAAGAAGCACUUCGCCCAGCAACAGACACUCGAGUUUCUGUGGCGACAGAACUGGGACUCCUCCCCCCGUAGUGACAUCACGUGUCACAUGAUGCCGUUCUACAGCUAUGACGUGCCGCACACGUGCGGUCCAAACCCGGCGGUUUGUUGUCAGUUUGAUUUCCACCGGCUGAAGGGGGGGCGGGCCUCCUGUCCAUGGAGGAUAGCACCUCAGCCAAUCACAGAGCAGAACAUCAAGGAGCGCGCCCUCCUCCUGCUGGAUCAGUACCGCCAGAAGUCGCGCCUCUUCCGCUCGCCCGUCCUUUUCGUUCCACUCGGCGACGACUUCAGGUUCGUGGAGUCGAGCGAGUGGGACGCUCAGUUCGGUAACUACCAGGCGCUCUUCGACUACUUCGACCAGCACCCGGAGCUCCACGUCAAGGCUCGUUUCGGGACGCUCUCGGAUUACUUCGGAGCUCUUCAUCGGCGUCUGAACGCGGCAGGAACGACUCUGCCGACUCUCCGUGGCGACUUCUUCACGUACGCCGACCGAGACGACCAUUACUGGAGCGGCUACUUCACCUCCAGGCCGUUUUACAAGCGCCUCGACAGAACGCUCGAGGCAACGCUCAGAGCGACAGAAAUCCUCUUCAGCUUGACGUUAGCUGAAAUGCGGCGGUUUCACGGCGACGACCGUCUGGUCGCAGAUUUCCCAACGAGCAAACACUUCCAGCGUCUGACGGCGGGGCGACGGAACUUAGCGCUGUUCCAGCACCACGACGCGGUCACCGGCACCGCCCGCGACCCCGUGGUGGUCGACUACGGCACCAGGUUGUUUCGCUCGAUCUUGAACCUUCACCAGGUGCUGCAGAGCUCCGCCCACUGGCUGCUCCUAUCGGACAAGAGCCAGUACCACCACGACCAAUCAAAACCCUUCAUGCAAAUGGAUGACGUGAUGUCAGCGCAGGACGCUCUGCCCCGGAAGAUGCCACUCAAGCUCAGUGAUGAGCCCAGGUCAUUGAUCGUCUUCAACCCGACAGAGCAGCUUCGUUCGUCCGUCGUCAGCGUCGUCGUCGACUCUCCGGGCGCUCGCGUUGUCGAUGCAGAAACGGGUCGACCAAUGACGACACAGAUAUCUGCGGUGUGGGCAGAGCCAAGCCGUGCGUCCACAGAACAUUUCCAGCUCGACUUUGUGGUCGAACUUCCUCCUCUGUCACUCGUUGUGUAUCAUGUGACCAAAGCCUCCGUAGACUCCGCCCACCGGGCCCAGUACACCUUCCAUCGCCGUGGCAACCCACCGGCAGUCCAAUCCGAACACUUCCAGGUGUCCAGCCCAGAGGGACCUGAGGCCGACGCCCCCCUGUCGCUUAGCAACAAGCACGUCCAAAUAUGGAGCUCCCCGGAGACCGGCCUGCUGCAGAAGCUGCAGCUGCGUUCUGGUCUACUCCGUCGGGUCCAGGUCCAGUUCCUGUGGUACGGAACCAGAACCCAAACGGAGAAGAGCGGGGCUUACCUGUUCCUGCCGGGGGAUAAGGGGGCCCAGCCCUACUCGUCCUUGGAUCCCCCCUUGGUUCGGGUCUCCAGAGGUCCGGUCUUCUCUGACAUCACUUCCUGUUUCCAGCACUUCUCCCACACGGUCCGCCUGCUCCACCUGGACGGGCAUGCUGGGAGAUCCCUGGAGAUUUCCAACACGGUGGACAUCAGGUCAGAGGUCAACCGGGAGCUCGUCAUGCGGCUCGUCAGCGACGUCGCCAAUAGCAACCGCUUCUACACCGACCUCAACGGUUUCCAGAUGCAGCAGCGGCGGACCCUGUCCAAGCUCCCCCUGCAGGCCAACUUCUACCCGAUGAGCUCGGCGGCGUUCCUUCAGGACGCGGCGUCCCGCGUGUCGCUGCUGUCGGCUCAGAGUCAGGCGGUUGCGUCACUCCGGCCAGGUGAGCUGGAGGUGGUGCUGGACCGGCGGCUGCAACAGGACGAUAACCGCGGCCUCGGUCAGGGCGUCACCGACAACAAGCUGACAGCGAGUCUCUACCACCUGCUGCUUGAGGACAGGAGGGGCGGGGCUCAGGAAGUGGGAGGAGCCUCAGUGGAACACCUGUCACUGCUCGCCCACCUGAUCUCGCUCUCCCUCAGCCACCCGCCAAUGACCAUGGUCACCUCGAGUGACAGCCAGGUGCCGAAGCUCCACCGCUUCCUGCCGCUCCGCUCGUCGCUGCCGUGCGACGUUCACCUGCUGAACCUGAGGACGCUGGAGGACUCACAGAAAGCAGAAAGUCCGUCGCAGGAAGUGGCUCUCCUCCUCCACAGGAAGGGCUUUGACUGUAGCUCCACCCCCGAUGUGGAACUCCAGUGCACGUGGAGCGUGCACGAGGAGGUGAACUUGGCAGAUCUUUUCUUUCCUCUCCGCUUCCGCUCGCUCCGCCGGUCGAAUCUCACGCUGCUGCGAGAAGACGAUGAACCGGAAUCCGCCCGGCGACAGCAGACCUGCCUGCGACCAAUGGAAAUCAGCGCUUUCCGCGUCGAGCUCGACUGAAUAACGAGACUUUUUGCGAUUAGUCGACGAUCAGAAACUAGGAAUAUUAUUAAAACAAACAAAUAAUCCGUUAAACAUUAAUGUAAAAAAGAAACAACACACCAAAACUAGAAAGUUAAAGAUUAUUACACUUUUUAAAUUUAACGUAAGCAGCUGAGCUUUAAAAGAAGAAAAUAAGUCCAACUGAAGAUCUGGCAAACUUUCUAUCAACAAAGUUUUUAAUGCAAAAAUAAAAAAGGGAAAAGCAAUGAAAUACACAAAUAUUGAAAUUAUUCUUUACAAAUAUAAAUUUACAAAACAGAAAAAGAGAACACAUGAAGGAGUUGAAUAUUUUCUCAGAUUUUUAUUUUGUAAACUUGAUUAAUGUGACACUAUUUACAUCUUUCCACUGUGAACACGGAAAUAAUCUUCCACAGGUAAAAAUAAAAGGUCAGUUUGAAUUUCACAGUUCAGUGUAAAGGUCACAGAGAGAUAAACGCAAUAUAUCUGAUAAUCACUGAAAUGAAUGUGUGGGUGUGUGCAUGGGGGGGGGGGGUGUUUCAAAAAACUUUCCUUCAAUGCGUUUGUUUAUUUUUGUGUAAUUUUCAGACGUAAUUGUUUCCAAAAUGCACAUAUUCACUUGAAGCUGUGUCUACGGUGCAUGAAUGUAAGUCGCUUUGGAUAAAAGCAUCAGCUAAAUGAAAUGUAAUGAAUAUUCAUUUAAAUAUAAUUUUCUGUAUUUACUGUGAAAGGGACAUUUUUGGGAAACUAUCGAAUCUUCUGGGUAUUUUUUUAAUUUAGAAAUUCUCUAUAUUUUUUAUAAAGAGGUUUAUUGUUUAAACAUAUCUGAAAAUAAAUAAAUAAUGUUUUACUUGAAA